AUGAUGAUGCUAUCUCGUGUGAUUUCAUGGAAAUUAUUGAAACAGUCACAAUAUUGUCUAUCGAGUGCGUCGCUAGUAUCAUCGAAUCAAAGACGACUCCUAUCAACAGCAAAGCAGAACGAUGGUAGUGAUAAUGAAUGGUUGUGGACAUAUUUACGUGAUCGUAAAGGCUUUACGGAUUUAAAUGAAGAGCAGCGACGACAUGUUAUCGAAAUCGAAAUUCAAACAUUGAGGGAAGCUGGUGAUCGCGUACCGGAUGUCAUUCCUGACGGACAUUGGAAAGAGUUGCUUGAUGCCGCUUCGAUUGAAUCUCGGAAGAGGAUCUAUGCAUAUCUGUUUCUGCGUGAGCUGCAUCGUAAACGUCGUGCUGCGAUUGUGGCUUCGAAUGAUAUUCGCCGAGCUGAAGCUUCGAAACGUCGUGCUGCUUUACUUGCUGAUGGCAAACCACCAACGAACUAUCCCGGUUAUUCCUCAAUAUUCCGUCAUCUAGGUCGUCAUAAUGAAAAACUCAUACGCGAACAGUUGUUACUCGCACCGGCGCGACUCGGUGAGAACAUGGUCAUCGAUUGCAGUUUUGAGCAAGAUCAUGCGCGGGAGUAUUAUUUAUCCAAUCUAGUCGAUCAAAUACAAUAUCUUUUUGCUGAUAUAACACGAUAUCAUUCGCCGUCAUUCAUCUAUCUGUGUAAUUUAUCACCUCAUGGACGAUUACAAGCUGAAUUUGAUCGUCGUGCAUCAUUAGAGAAUACAUGUUUUGAAGUGACAUCAUCGAGUUAUCUGGAUUUAUUCCCGCACGAGAAACUUGUUUAUCUAUCACCUGAUUCCAAGAACGAGAUGACAUCGUUCGAUCAUGAUGCUGUAUAUAUCGUUGGUGGCAUUGCCGAUCGGACUGGCAAAAAACCGCUAACGUUCGCUAAAGCAAAACGUGAAAAUAUCAAACACCAACGAUUCCCCAUCGAUAGAUAUGUUAAAUUCGGUGGUGGCAGUGGCAAAUCUUUAACCCUUGAUCAAGUUUACAAUAUUCUCAUGACUUUGAAACAAACUGGAUCUUGGACUGAAGCGUUUAAAUAUAUUCCAGAACGAAAAGUAGUCGAACGAUAUUCAGAUAAAAAACCGAAUUUAACGGAAAAAUUCGGCCGAAAAAUCGGUUUGAGUGGUUGA